CCCCUAGAUCUCUCCCUGUGUGACUCGCUUCUCAAGCUCGAGUACCAGCGUAAACAUCCUUCUCGUCGAUCCCCGUCGACGUGCCAGCCCAGUUCGCAUCUACUAUGGCGUACUCGCAGCCUUUCCCACGCAACAAUCCUGCCGCAGAGAAAGCCCCUCAGACCUUCGGGCCUGACUUGGCCGUCCGUCUCAUCUGCCCCGACUGCAGAGACCCGAGCCCCAACAUCGUGGAGGAGUUCAGCAGCGGAGAUCUCGUGUGUGGUACUUGCGGACUGGUGCUCGGAGAUAGGGUAGUAGAUACAAGGAGUGAAUGGCGUACUUUCGCCAACGACGAAGGAGACGAUCCAUCUCGUGUCGGUGCUGCCAUAGACCCGCUCAUGGAGGGCGUUGAGCAACUGGACACUACUAUAUCUUUCAAAGAUGGGGGCUCCGGCCUUGCGCGGGAGCUGCAGCGCGCCGCCUCUCGAGGGUCAGCUUCGCGCUCCGAGCGAAACCUACUUCAGGCGUUCCGGGAUAUUUCUAGCUGGUGCGACCAGUUCUCUCUUCCAAAGACCAUCUCCGAUAUCGCGAAGCAGCUAUACAAGCGCUCCGACGAGGAGAAGCUGCUGCGUGGAAAGCCUUUAGAAGCCGUCAUCGCUGCCUGCAUCUUCAUCGCUUGCCGUAAAGCACACGUACCUCGUACCUUCCGCGAGAUUUGUAACUUGACCCAUGUCAGCAAGAAGGUGCUGGGACAGUGCUACAAGCAGCUGGAGCAGGCGUUCAACUUGACUCCGGGCGCGUCUGCGGACCGCCAAACCAGUUCCGCUACCUCGAGUACUGGUCCGGAGGAUCUUUUGGUGCGAUACUGCAACCAUUUGGACCUGCCGCCGAACGUCCAGCCCAUCUGUUCAGACAUCAUCGUCAAGGCGCGCGACCUGGGCAUCGCGCUCGGUCGUUCACCUAUUUCCGUCGCUGGCGGCGCGAUUUACUUCACAUGCCAUCUGCUCGGCAAGCCCAAGAGCAUGAAGGACAUCAGCGCUGUUGCCGGAGUGAGCGAGGCGACAAUCAAGUUGGUGUAUAGGCUCUACUAUGCAGAGAAGGAGAAGUUGGUGAAGGAGGAGUGGAUCAAGGACGGGCGGGCGAAGCUUGAGCGGCUCCCUGUCGAGUCCUCGAAGUGAUCGGCGGAUGCGAUUAUGUUGGAGCGAUGGACAUCUAAUGUACCGUAUCUCCUUUCAAGCACGCUCAUGUUAUACAAUCGCAUCCACGUGGUUGGAUUUGGAUUUGAUGUCAUAUACAAGAAACAAACUUGGACUUGUGUACGAGAAGUACCAAUGAAGGUAUCUUUACUACGAAGUGUCGAUUUGUGCAUUUGAACAUUCCUCAUCGCGGACCGGCUGCCACCUCCCUAACCAUCACCGGCAUCACAAGUGGAGGCUCUUGCCACGUUGGGUCGUCGUCACCAAGGACGAUCUUCGCUCUCUCCACAAAGCCAAGCGAGUUAUAGAAGCCAGUGUUGGCAAGUUUACUUGAAAUCAGAAUUGUAGCACGUCCCUGUGCAUCUGCAAUUCCAGUGACAGUCCGCACCAACGCAGACGCAUAUCCACGCCCUUGCUUCUCUGGAGUAGUCGCCAGGACCUGCAGCUGAAUGACUUCUUCCUCACGGUCGCCAAGAACUGCUUUGAACGCGGCAUCACGCUUGACUUUAAGCUCCUUGACUCGCUGUUUCUGCUGAGUUGUAAAUGUUAGCGUACUAUUCAGGCCUAAAGCAGCGGAGAGUACUGAUAUGGCGGCCUUGUCUGCGCGGUUGAGAGUACUUUUUGCCAGACCAUAGCAGAUAAUAGCAGCUCCGUCGUCGACUGUCCAUGCCAGUCCCUUUGUGGCGCAGUAGCCCCAAAGUACAGAGGUCUCAGUACGACGGCCGAGCAUAGGUAGUACGCUACCGUCGUAAUCUGGAGUAUCGCUUAGCCAAUGGUGGAAAGGAUCUCCUUUGAAGGCUGCUUCAUAUGUUCUCACAGCUGUCGGUACGUCCGUGUAUGUCAUCAGGCGUGGCGACGACACUGGAGCGUCCGUCGCAGCUGCCGUCAAAGGUGGGGCAGC